AUUAUUAAGUAACAUACGUUAAAAGUUGGAACUCUUCCUACAUCUUUACCGCACGAAGGGAAUUUGAAGCUUCGUUGCUCGUAUAGCGGGUAACUAUUGAAGUUCCCUCUCACGUGGAGCACACUCAGAAGAGAAACUAGACUUUAGCAUUUGGAAUUUUCCUUAUUAAGCUCUGCAAAUUUCUCGGCUUCUUGGCAUUUGAAAGGAAUUUUGUAAUUUACAAAAAGAUCAAUUCGGUUAUGGAUUCAUACUCUUUGAAGUCAGUUUUGGAUCUUCCAGCAUCUUUCCAAUCAACUUUUAAUUUCAGCAGGUAUUUCAAUUCUUUGCAGAGUGACUGCUUUUCAGGCUGUUUUCUCUCAGAUAUCAACAUGGUUAUCUCAGCACCCACUGGGAGUGGUAAAACUGUGCUAUUUGAGCUUUGUAUUUUGAGACUUCUUUCUAGGUUCCUCACUCCGGAGGAAAAGUUCGUUCAUAUAAAAGGAAUCUUCAAAACAAUCUAUAUAGCGCCUUCAAAGGCCUUAGUCCAAGAAAAGCUUCGGGACUGGAACCAGAAGCUUGGUUCAUGGGGAAUCAAAUGCUUAGAGCUCACAGGUGAUAGUGAAUCCAAUGAUGCGAACAACUUGCAAGAAGCUGAUAUCAUUCUUACUACUCCGGAGAAGUUUGAUGCUGUCACGCGGCAACGGAUAAGGGAUGGUGGCUUAAGUUUUUUUGGAGAUAUUGGACUCCUACUCAUUGAUGAAGUUCACCUUCUAAGUGAUCCACGAGGAGCUGCUCUGGAAGCAAUAGUUAGUAGAAUAAAAAUGCUUGCUCAUAACCCUAAAAUGAGUUUGAGUCCCAUGGCUCAUGUUCGAUUUGUAGCUGUUUCGGCCACAAUACCCAAUAUUGAGGAUCUUGCAGAAUGGCUUUUGGUUCCUUCUGAAGGGAUAAAAAGAUUUGGAGAAGAAAUGAGGCCUGUGAAAUUGACCACACGUGUCUAUGGCUAUGCUCCAGCCAAAAAUGAUUUCUUAUUUGAAAGGCGGCUUCAGAACUUCAUUUCUGAUAUCCUUAUGCAACAUUCAAGAGGGAAAUCUGCUCUUGUUUUCUGCUCCACUAGAAAAGGAGCACAACAAGCAGCUCAAUGCCUCUCGCAGACUGCAAUGGGUCUGGGGUACUCGAAUCCAUUUGUGAAGAGCAGGGAACAACAAGAAAGAUUGAAAGCAGCUUCUCUAUCAUGCAGUGAUAAGCAAAUGCAAUCGUGCAUUCUUUAUGGUGUUGGUUACCAUAAUGGUGGUCUCUGCCUAAAGGACCGCAACCUUGUUGAAAGUCUUUUCCUGAAGGGUGACCUCCAAAUUCUGUGCACUACGAACACUCUUGCACAUGGAAUUAACUUACCAGCACAUACAGUUGUAAUCAAAUCUACACAGUACUUCAACAAGGAAAAGGGUCUCUAUCUGGAGUACGAUCGCUCAACAAUUCUGCAGAUGUGUGGAAGGGCAGGCCGGCCACCAUUUGAUGAUACUGGAACAGUUAUAAUCAUGACAAGAAGAGAAACAGUCCCUUUGUAUGAAAAUCUUUUGAGUGGAUGCGAGAUGGUAGAAUCCCAGUUGCUUCAAUGUACAGUGGAGCAUCUAAAUGCAGAAAUUGUUCAGCAUACUGUCUCGGACAUAAGUUUGGCUAUUGAGUGGCUGAAAUGUUCAUUCUUAUAUAUCCGGAUGAAAAAGAAUCCUGAAAACUAUAGGCUUAAAAAGGGGAUUUCAUCCGAACAAUUACAGCAACACAUGAAUGAUAUAUGUGUUCAAAAUGUUAGCAAGCUUUCGGAAUAUGGGAUGAUCUGGACAGAUGAAUAUGGGUUUGCUUUGAAGCCCUUAGAACCUGGAAGAUUGAUGACAAAGUACUACUUGAAGUUUAACACGAUGAAAAAGAUCAUGGAGACUCCCAAGAACAGUGGUCUGGUAGAUUUACUUCAUAUUGUUUGCCAUGCUGACGAAAUUGCCUGGAUACAGCUGAGGCGCAACGAGAAGAAACUUCUUAAUGACAUAAACACCGAUAAGGAUGGUCGCCUUCGUUUUCACAUUCUCAGUGCAAAUGGAAAACGGAAAAAACGUAUCCAAACAAGAGAGGAGAAGAUUUUUGUUUUGGCAAAUGACAGCCUGAGUGGUGACCCUUUGGUCCAUGAUUUAUCCCUUUGCCAGGAUAUGAACUCAAUUUGCUCUAAUGGAAGCAGAAUUGCCAGAUGUAUGAAAGAAUGCUCCAUUUUCCAGAAGAGGUACAAGGAAGCUAUAAACUCCACUCUUCUAGCCAAGUGCUUACACCAUAGACUGUGGGACACUAGCCCUUACUGUCUGAAACAGUUAGUCGGCAUCGGCAUGGUUACUGCAAAGGCAUUGCUCUCAGCGGGGAUCAAUUCAUUUGAUAUGUUGGAGAAUGCUGACCCAAGGAGGAUUGAAAUAAUCAGUGGUCGGAAAUAUCCCUUUGGUAACCAUGUCAAGGACUCCUUGCAGUUAUUACCCCCAAAGGUAGAGAUAAGGAUUCAGGAAGUUCAAAGCAGAAGGCAAGGAAAUAUAAAGGUUAUGGUUACAUUAACAAGGACUUCACCAUCAAUUGCAUCAAUGAAGCGACACUAUGCUGACAUGGUCGUGGGUUCAGAAGAAGAGGACCUUAUCCUCUUUCAUGAGAAAAUGAGAAUGGAUGUGUUUUCCAGCCCAUACAAUGUUGAAGUUCUCUUGGUGACCCCACAAGAUGGAAAAGUGACCGUGAAAGCCGAUCUGAUAUUUGAAGAAUAUGUGAGUUUAGAUGUUCACGAAAAACUUAUAGUUAUGAAGGACAACUCCUCGAAAUCGAAUAGAAAACAGGCAAAUGUGGAAGAUGGAUCCAAUUGCUUUCAGCCCAAAGAAAUUCAUGUGAUUGAUGACGAUGGAAAUAACGACAAAAUUCAAUCAUCAAAUGACAAAGCAUACAAAACAAGCAAUGGGACUCGGUGCAACUCUUCUAUGCCUAGCUUUGACCUCCUGCAUGAAGAUGCACAUGGAGGUUCUGAACUUCUUGAGAUAGGAGAAGACUGCAGCAACACCAUUACAGAAAAUUCAGUAUUCGACCACAUCCGCAAGAAGUCCAGGACUUUUCCUCCUGUCCAGUCAUUGACGAACAUGAAUUCUUUUACACCCAAUAACCCCUCAAGGGCAAAACAUUCCUCCACUUUCUCUCUUUGUAUUUCACCCGGAAGAAAUGUGGGCGAGGCUCAGAGAGAGAAUGUGGAAUUGUCCCAAACAUUAAAGGGACUACAUGAGGCUGGACUCCACAGGGAGAAUGUGGUAUCACACCAAAUAUGGAAUGCACACAAUGGGGGUGAAAUCCAGAGAGAGAAUGUGGGAUCUUCUCAGUUUUCAAAAAAACUCAAUGAGAAUGAAACAAAGAGAGAGAUAGUGGGAUCAUUUGAUUGGGAGGUGACAGAACUCCCUGACUUUGAUGAAACUUUCGUGGUUGAGAUGGAAGAAUUUAGUUAUGAUCGAGGUGAAAGUAUGGUAGCCAAUGAUUACAUUCUCUCUCACAAGGCAGAAUCAUGCCAUGAAGAUUUGAGUAUUGUUAUUAAUUCAUCAGAAAAGGCAGACGUGUUUGAGUUCCAUGGAACUAUUAACAAGAAGAUUUUCGAAGUUGAUGCUUCACAAUCUGAACGAUUCUCUCUGAAUGGGUCCCAAUCUGUCAGGGGUUCACAAAUAGUAGGGAUUGGGGAAGUGUCUUUUCUUGGGUGUAAGAGUGUUUUCUCAUUCCUCUGAGUGUUGCAUGUAAGAAGUUUGGGGUUUUUGUGGAGGUCAUCGAACGAUUAACAAGGAGAGUUUUGAAGUUGAUGGCCACGAUCUGAACGAUUCUUCUUUGAAUGGGUUCCAAUCUAUCGGGGUUUGGGGAAGUGUCUUUUCUUGGGUGUAAGUGUGUUUUCUAACAAGUUUGGGGUUUUGUGGAGGUCAUGGUGGUGUUUUGAGUGUUGCUGCCUUGUGAUUGACUGUGAAAUGGAUUACUGAGCAGCAAGGAAAAUGUGGGGGGAACAUUAAAGGCUUCUCUUGUGUCAACUUUUAUCCAAUAAUAAUAAUAAUAAUAAUAAUAAACAUUAAAGGCUUUUCA